AUGAGCGCUGUGGUCGCGAAUGGACCAGCGGAGCUAGAGAUAUCGUCAGUACCCGCCAAAGUCGGUACUCGGUUCUCUACCAGGGCCCUUCGUGUCUUGAGGAACUGGUUUGCAGCGCACGAGGACCAUCCUUAUCCUCGUGCUGGAGACAUGGAGUCAUUGCAGGCUCAGACUGGGCUCAACAAGCUGCAGGUUUCUACAUGGCUUGCGAACACUCGCCGGCGGACCAAGUCCAGGGUUCCCGUACGGCCUACAUCACCAAGCGUCCUAUCGGCACCAAAUCUCGAGGCCAUGGAAAUCCCCACCUCGCGACGACCUGAGCUGGUAGAUCAGAUGGACCCCUUGGGAAGGUGGCAGAACUCACCCCCGGAAGACGAGGCUGCGGAUGCGAAAGCCAUCUUGAAGGCUAUAUCUGCAUCUCCUGAUGCCUCAGCGCAGCCGAGGCAUCCACUUCUAGUGAGGCCGCAGCCUUCAGUUUGGGGAGAGUGGUCAUCUGCGAGCAGCGCUGGGACGUCUCAAUCUAGCAACAGUUCUGGCGGUUCUGCGUACUCACAGGGGUCUGCCUCUUCACGCGCACAGUCGCGCGACCUGGCCAGAUACACCAAACACAAGAGGCGACGAAAUCGAGGUACCGCCCAGUCGGCAACAACACGUACAAAGCUUUCGCAGCUACCGCGCAAAUUUCAAUGCACGUUCUGUACGGAGUCUUUUGCCCAGAAACAUGGUUGGCAGCGACACGAGAAAACUAUGCAUCUCUCUCUGGAGAGAUGGGAGUGUUCACCAGAGGGGCCGUACUCGCGAGAUGAUGACGGCCAUCAGGCGUGUGCGUAUUGUUCUCGACGGGAGCCCGACGAAGGUCAUAUGUUGGCGCAUAAUUUUGAAGUGUGCAUAGACCGGCCACCCGAAGAGAGGUCCUUCUAUCGCAGGGACCACCUCAUACAGCACCUCAAGGCGGUUCAUCACGUCAAGCUCGACCCUUCACUCAUGGAGCGCUGGAAACAAACAAUACAGGAUAUCAAGUCAUCCUGUGGCUUUUGUGGCCUAUCGAUGACAUCCUGGACAGAGCGUGCCGACCAUUUGGCGGAUCAUUUCAAAUCCGGCGCAACCAUGGCGCAGUGGCUUGGUGACUGGGGAUUCGACGAUGACGUGGUCCAGAUGGUCCAGAAUUCAAUACCGCCUUAUCUGAUCGAGUUUGAACGCACGUCGCCGUGGCCGUUCACGACGGACAGAGGCCCUCCAGCAACGCCAGCAAACGCCUUUGAGCUCAUCAAAAUUGAGCUGGACUAUUUUGCUUCAUGUCUCGACGAAAAGAACCUACCCCCUUCUCAAGAGGUUUUGCAGUACGAGAGCUGUUGCAUUAUCGUCGGGUCUGAAAUGCUAUCGCCAUCUCAAGAUGCUCACAACACGCCGCGGUCCUGGUUGCGAGAUCUCUUAAUGUCUGAUGAGCAUGUCGCACGACGAGCUCGUAAUACACCUUUGGCAAGCAUUGUAAAAGAUCGGGCGACAGAGUUGAGAAUCAACAGCAAGGCGGACAUUUUCGACUCUUGCAGCCUGGAAGAGCAACUCCAAUUAUUCAUGGUACAGAAUCUUGCCUACGAAUCGCCAGUCGAUGAUGUUGACCUGCAACGUGGGGCGUGCCAAGUCGUGCAGAACGCAGACGCGCAGUCGAGAGAGCCUUCUGAGUUGUUUAUGUCCUUCUUGACAGGCCUCAUCAAUAACUCUUCUCACUGGUUGGCGCCGUUUCGGCAACGAUCUGAAGCAACUGCGUUACGAGCCAGUCGUGAUAUACGCCUCGGAGAACCUGGGUUUGAUGCGUCACACCAUCGCGAGCUUCAAGACCAGAAAGAUCAAAGCGGCAACGCGGCUCUUGGUACGCUUACAGAGCCUGUAUUUGCCUUGGACGAGCCGUUCGACCAGGAACUUCCAAGACAAGAGCUACUAGCGGAAUUACCAGGUCCACAGAGGUUCACUUUCCUCUCUACCGACACAUUCUACUGGGGUCUGAGACGUGAGCUGUCGAGAUUCGUGGCCAUGUCUAUGUCUCCUAGGAACCCUGAUUGUCACAUUCCGACAGAUGAAGAGCUCCAGAAUCAAGCCCGGUGGAUUAUGUUUGACAGGUAG